UUUGGAGUUUCCUGUUCACGCCUGCACAGAAGAAGAAGAAGAUCAAAAUGGCGGAGCGUGGCUAUAGUUUCUCUCUCACCACAUUUAGCCCCUCGGGUAAACUGGUCCAGAUUGAAUAUGCGCUGGCAGCUGUAGCAGCAGGAGCUCCUUCAGUUGGCAUCAAAGCUACUAAUGGAGUGGUCCUCGCUACGGAGAAGAAGCAGAAAUCCAUUCUGUAUGACGAACAGAGCGUCCACAAAGUGGAACCCAUUACCAAACACAUAGGCAUGGUCUACAGUGGCAUGGGACCUGACUACAGGGUUUUAGUGCGACGAGCCCGGAAGCUGGCACAGCAGUACUAUCUGGUGUACCAGGAGCCAAUUCCUACAGGCCAGCUUGUCCAGAGGGUGGCCUCUGUAAUGCAGGAGUACACACAGUCUGGCGGAGUGCGCCCAUUCGGUGUGUCACUGCUGAUAGCUGGUUGGGAUGAGGAUCACCCCUACUUGUUCCAGUCUGAUCCCUCUGGAGCAUAUUUUGCAUGGAAGGCCACAGCCAUGGGAAAGAACUACGUCAAUGGAAAAACAUUCCUUGAAAAAAGGUAUAAUAAUGACCUGGAGUUAGAAGAUGCUAUUCACACAGCCAUCCUUACAUUGAAGGAGAGUUUUGAGGGUCAGAUGACAGAGGAGAACAUUGAGGUGGGAAUCUGCAAUGAGGCCGGGUUCAAAAGACUGACCCCAGCAGAGGUGAAAGACUACCUGGCAGCCAUCGCGUGAACACACCCUCUCUGAAGGGCCAUCUGGCUACAUUUCGAAACAGAUUUAGCAGCACGGUGGCCAAUUGACACAAGGAACAGAAGAGUAUGUCCACAACAACAUAAUGAAGACAUGCAUAUCCCUAUUGACCAUUACUACUCAAUGUCUACACAAAUGUUUAUUCUUAUGGACAUAAGAAAAUAAAUGAGCUUUACCCUAACACGUACUCUUGAUGUCCUUUGUGACAAUUGGCUUGUGUGCACGCUGAAAAGGUUUUGAGUUCUGAGAGAAAUCUCAGCUCUUCCAUUGAAUCUUCAAUUCUUACUCCUCAAAGAACUGCGCUGAGUUUGAGGACACACCUCUUCUGCAUAAUACAUUUAGCUAAAAAACAUAUUUGUGUAAUAAUCAAACUUCGAGGUCAUGACAAAUGUUUUUCUUUACACUCAACAAAAGAUAUUUUUCAUUCUUUUAAUACAUUUGAGUUAGAUUUUUAAAAAAAGAAGCAGGUUUUGGAGGAUUCAAUGGCGAGGCUUGAGAUUUUACAGUCAAGAUCUGAUUGCUGUACUACCGUUUUACAUGAUGUACUUUUUUUCAGGCUUAAUACAGUUCUUAAAUUUGUAUUUUCUCCACUGUUAUGUGUCGCUUAUUCAAAUAAAGAAUGGUGAACUGUUGA